AUUCGCCAUAAAAAAAUGGCAGUCUCACUAUCCCAUCUCUCUUUUGAACACCACCGUCACUCUUUCGGCAUUGGGGAGACGAAACCUCGUAUUUCCUGGCGGUUCGAGGGAACAGCAGUCGACUGGGAGCAGACCGGAUAUGAUCUUGAGAUUGCACGUGGACCUGAUGGCGUACCCAAGGUUUUCAAUGUCAACUCUUCGGAAUCUAUCCUAGUACCCUGGCCAGACGAGCCUCUUCAAAGCGCAGAAUAUGCAAGUGUUCGCGCCCGUGCCCACGGGAAAGAGGGCCGACCUUCUGCAGACUGGUCCGAGGUCUACACGGUCGAGACUGGACUACUAGAAAAUGAUGAUUGGGCGGGUGCUAUUCCUAUAGCUGCAGACAGAGAUACUGAAGUGGACGCAGCGCAUCAACCCAUUCUGUUCAGAAAAGCCUUUGACGUCAACUCCACGGUGGCUUCUGCUCGACUAUACAUCACAUCCUUCGGGUUAUAUGUUGCGGAAAUAAACGGAAAGCGGGUCGGGGACCACGUUCUCGCCCCUGGAUACCAAGCAUACAAUUUUAGGCACGUGUAUGAUACGUAUGAUGUUACCGAUUUGGUUCAAGCUGGAGGAAAUGUGAUCGGGGCAACUGUUGGAGAGGGGUGGUAUGCGGGUCGCUUUGCCUUUUCACCAUCAAAACCACGCAAUCUAUACGGAGAUACAUUGGGAUUGCAAAGCUUGCUAGUCAUUACUGCUGAAGAUGGCAGUAAACAAACAAUCAAGAGUGAUCUUGAUUGGCACGCAAAUACGGGCCCAAUAAUCACCUCGAAUCUCUACGACGGCGAGACUUACGAUGCAAGCAAAGAGAUCAAGGAUUGGUCAUCUCCUGGUCUUGAUGACAGCAGUUGGCUGGGUGUGAAAGAGCUCUCUACUGCCGGCGGAUCAAUUGUUUCUCCAGAUGGCCCACCAAUCAAGAAGUUAGAAGAAGUCAAACCCAAAGAAAUCAUGCAAUCAGAUUCAGGGAAGACAGUAAUCGAUUUCGGCCAAAAUCUUGUGGGAUGGUUGAAAGUAACUGUCAAUGGACCAGCGGGCACGAACAUCUCUUUCGUUCACACGGAAGUUAUGGAGAAUGGAGAAGUCGCAACUCGACCACUCAGGAGCGCGAAAGCAACCGAUACCUUACUGCUUUCUGGAAAUACCACACAGAAUUGGGAACCCUCUUUCACAUUUCACGGAUUCCGCUAUGUUCAAGUGACUGGAUGGCCGAGCACCACACCACUCAACGGCGAUUCAAUCUCUGCUGUUGUAGUCUAUAGUGACAUGGAACGAACUGGAUACUUUGAGUCGUCGCACGAACUCCUCAACAAGUUCCACGAAAACGUCAUAUGGGGUAUGAAGGGUAAUUUUCUCAGUGUACCGACAGACUGCCCACAACGAGACGAGCGACUUGGUUGGACUGGAGAUGCGCAUGCUUUUAUGCCGACUUCUAAUUACUUGUUUGAUACUGCCGGAUUUUGGCGAGGGUGGCUAAAAGAUGCAAACUCUGAACAAAUGAAGAACGGCUUGGCUAUCCCGUCGUUUUACAUUCCCAGCGACGAUAUUGCAGACACUGAACGGGACCGCGUGCGGAAACCUACUGCCAUCUGGGGUGAUAUCGUUGUCGGCAAUCCAUAUGCGCUUUAUCAAUUCACCGGAGACAUGGAGAUGUUGCAGGAGCAAUUUGAGGGAGCUCAAGCAUGGAUCGACAAAGGCAUCCCGCGAAACGCAGAGCAAUUAUGGGAUCGAUCGUCGUUUCAAUUUGGAGACUGGCUCGAUCCUCUAUCUCCGCCAGAAGAUGCUGGUCGAGCUACCACAAGCCCGCAUCUUGUCGCAGAUGCCUACCUCAUCCAAAUGACGCGUUACCUUUCAGAAAUAAGUGCAAUUCUCGAGAAGCCCGAGCUAGCAGAGCAAUAUUCAACUCAGCGCGACGAGCUCAUCGCUGCGUUCCAAGCUGCCUGGAUCACCCCAUUUGACGUCAUUGCAAACGAAACACAAACCGCGCUCUCGCUCGCACUCCAUUUCGACCUCCAUAAAGACGAGGAUGCUCGGAAAACAGCCGCGUCCACUCUACGCUCAAUAAUCGCCAACAAUACUUAUCUUGUUGGAACUGGUUUUGCAGGAACGCAACAGCUCGGCUUUGCACUCACUGACAUCAAUGCUACGUCCGACUUCUACAAAAUGCUCCUGCAAACCACGGUGCCCUCGUGGCUAUAUCAGGUGUCCAUGGGCGGCACCACGACGUGGGAGCGCUGGGACAGCUUGUUGCCAGACGGCAGCGUAAAUCCUGGAGAAAUGACGAGUUUCAAUCACUACGCGUUUGGCAGUGUUGCCGAUUGGAUGCAUCAGAAGAUUGGAGGGUUGGCAAUUGGAAAGCCCGGAUGGAAGACGAUCAAGGUUUCGCCGGAGCCCGGUGGUAACAUCACGUGGGCCAAGGCCAGCUAUACCUCUCCAUAUGGUAAUGUGUAUAGUAGCUGGACUGUGGAGGAUGAUGGAUUUCAUUUGGAGAUUAGUGUUCCGCCGAAUGCUAAAGCGGAGGUCACGUUGCCAGGGAACACUGAAGUGGAGACCGUGGGGAGCGGGAAAAACACUUUUUUUGUGGAAGGGUAUAAAGUCCCAGAGUGA